AUGUGUUCCAAAAAGAGAAAAAGGUUUAUGAGAGCUCUGUUCAAAACAAAUGGAGGCUGUGGAUGUAGGAACCCUAAAUCCUACGAAGUACUCCAACUCUCAAUUCACCAAAACACAACAAACCCUACCACUUCCGGCGACAACGACAACAACGUCUUCUCCGAAGUUCACACAAAUCAUGAAAACCCUAACAACGACAACAUGAGAAAACCAAAUUCAAAACUCAUUGACACUGUUGCGGUUGAGAAGGAUUCAAAGGACCCGCACAAGGAUUUUCGAGAAUCCAUGCUUCAAAUGAUCUUUCAGAGACAAAUCUUCACCAAAACCGAUCUUCAAGACCUUCUCGAGUGCUUCCUCCGCUUGAACGCCGCCGAUAACUACCAAGUUAUCGUUCAAGCUUUCAUGGAGAUUUGUCACGAAACGUUCCCCAAGAAGAAUAUCAACGAUGCAGACGCCAACGCUGCUUCUUUCAAUAACAAAAUUUGA